AUGCGCAUUAUGAUUUCUAUAAUUAUUGUUGCACCGUUUCUUGUAAUCUGGAAUACUCUUAUCAGCAGAAAUUACUUGGCAUUUUUGAACGGAGGAUUCUCGAUUACUUACGAGAGAAGAGUUUCAUGGGCUUCAUUAUCCUUGAUGCAAUUCUCACUGAUUAUAGUCACAGUUCUUAUUACAAUGGUGACAACAAUCAUCACUUUUUAUAAAAUGACUACUAUGAAAAAGAGAAUAAAAUCUUCGGAGCGAUCACUUUGUAUUGCUGCUGCGUUGAUAUCUGUUGGCUUUCUAUUGGAAGCGAUGACAGAGAGUUUCUUUGCAUUUUUCAAGGACGCUCCGUGGCUGAUUACUGUAAUGGCUUACAUAUUCAACACAACAUGGGAUAUUCUGUUUGUUGGAUCCCCUCUCGUCCUUCUCCUCGUAACAACCCAAUUCCGUGACCAUGUCCUCGGAAUCAGAAUUGAACGAACUCAACGUGUCUCAUCAAUCAAUAAUGCUUUACAUUUCCAUCACACUCAUCAUACGAUGACAAGAUUUCGGUAUAGAGAACAGUAUCAAUAUAAUUUGUGUUAUUGGAUUUUCACGGCGGAUUGUGUUGUGUCCAUGAUCUACAUUAUUCUCGACCUGAUCAUCAUCCGUCCUGCUCUAUAUAUUCCUCAAUUGUGCUCAACGUUCUCUCCGAUCUUUAUCAAUCAUCCGAUUCUGAACCAUAUCAUCUUCCCUCUCUAUAAUUACUGUCGAGUAUUCAAAACAGUUUCUCAACCGGGAAUGAUUUUGUGUCGAGUGCUUUGUGUUCAUCUCUUGACUGCACAUGAUGAGAUAACAAAAAGAAAUAUGCCACGUGCUAUGGUCACCGUUUUGACACUUCCAUUGGUGGUCAUCUUCAACACAAUUAUUUCAGAGAAGGAGGUUGUUUUCUGGAAAGGAGGAUUCUUCACUAUUUAUCAUAGAAAAAUUGAAUGGCUGAGCCUGUCAAUGCUCCAUCUCUCAUUCAUUCUCUGUGCAAUUCUGAUUAUUCUAACCUCAACGUUCUUCAUUUAUCGAAAACUCGUUGUGAUCCAGUCGGAUGUCAUGCCCGCACGCUCUCUCAUUUUCAAUUCCUCAUUUUGGGUUUUUGGCUUCAUUCUGCAAGGCACAUUCCAGAGUUAUUAUGCAAUAUUCAGACAUAGCUCAUGGUUUCCAUCUCAGAUUAUUGAUAUGCAAUUCUUCAUUUUCGAUGUAAUGACUGUUGGAUGUCCAAUCAUCAUGGUUCGAUUCGCAAAAGAGUUCCGAGAUCAAGUACUUUUCGGGAAACGAUAUCCGAAGUCUCAAGAUCUCAACCAAAUUCAAUUGAUGUCGAUAGAAAUGCAAGAGAAAGAGAAAGAAGCCGCACGAGAAGCACGUCACAGGUGUCAGACUCCAAAAUUUGAUAAUAAGUACAUUCAAUAUUAUUAUGGAGGAUUUCAACCGAAUUAUGCAAGGAGAGUUAAUUGGUUUGGAACCACCGCAUGGCAAUUAUCAUACAUGCAGAUAUCGAUGGGCAUCACUGUUAUAACUAAUCUGAUUUCGGCAUUUCAUCAUUUCAAAGCAUAUCAAGAGAAGAAUCCAUCCCAGUUAUGCAUUAUUUGGGGUGUCAUUUCAAUCGAUUACAUUUUCUGUGGCUCUAUUUUCUGUUUUCUCAACAAAUCCUUCGCUUUUGAAUACUCAAAUCUCAUUUUUAUUCUCGUUUUUCUAGUUUGGGAUGGAUUUAAUAUCAUAAGUCCUGCGAUAAUGAUUGCAAUGAAUAAGAAUUUACGAAAAAAUGUAUUCGCAAUCGAGUACGAAGACGAGGAGAAUCAGAUAGCACAUUCUUCACUUCAAAUUAAACGACAAGGUGACCAUCACCUACCAAAAGCAAUACACCGACAUCCAUUCAUCAAGAAGAUCGUCAGGAACCACGUUCGUGUGCUCGUCUACUACGGUGACACCGGCAUGGCAUGCAACUUCAUAAUGGAACAACAGUUCGUCGAUCAGUUGGGACUCCGUAGAACAUUGAAGAAGACUCCAUGGAAGUUCGACAGACAAAUCGCUGGAUUCAAGACACUCUUCGAUGGGCUCAGUUCAUUACUAUCCGCGGAGCCGGACAUAUGA